AUGCUGCUGACCUUUGCCUGGGGGCAGGAGAAGGCAGAACUGGCUUUUGGUGAACAGGCACUGCUGCACAAUGCUCACUUUAUUCUUGAUCGCGGCGAACGCGUUGCGCUGAUCGGUCGUAAUGGUUCCGGAAAAUCUACUUUGCUGAAAGUGAUCAAUGGAGAGGUUGGCCUCGACGAUGGCGAGUUACGCAUGGCACCGGGGAUACGCAUUGCCUAUUUACAGCAGGAAGUACCUGAAGCGGCGGACCUUUCACUCUUUGACGUUAUUGCACAGGGUCUGGACCCGUCCGACGCUGAUGCACAAAGCUGGCAAACCGACUACAAAGUAGAGCGAAUUCUCGACCUCCUCAAGCUACCACGCGAUCAGACUAUGGGUGAGAGCUCCGGUGGCAUCCGUCGUCGCGCAAUGCUGGGACAGGCGUUGGUCAGCGAACCUGACCUGUUGCUGUUGGAUGAGCCGACGAACCAUCUUGAUAUUGAAUCUAUUGAAACCCUGCAAGCUCAUAUUCUGGCGGCAGACACCACCAUGAUACUGAUCAGCCAUGACCGCGCCAUGAUCGAUGAUGUUGCUACCCGUAUCGUUGAACUGGAACGCGGCAGCCUGACAAGCUAUCCAGGCAACUAUGCCGACUAUCUGGUCGGACGGGCAAAAGCUGAAGCUGAAGAAGCCGACGCUAACCGAAAAUUUGACCAGCACUUGGCCAAUGAAGAGGUCUGGAUCAGACAGGGUAUCAAGGCGCGGCGUACGCGCAACGAAGGUCGCGUAAGACGCCUUGAAGCUUUGCGGCAAACACGACAGCAGCGUGUCAGCAAACAAGGCAACGCCAAACUCAAAAUCGACAGCGGGGAAAAAUCCGGGCAAAUUGUUGCCGUGUUGGAAAACGUCAGUUUUGGUUACGACAAACCCCUCAUUCGAAAUUUUUCGACCCGCAUUACCCGUGGUGACCGCGUUGCCAUCAUUGGCCCUAACGGCUCUGGCAAAAGUACUCUUUUGGGUUUACUGCUGGGCGAUCUGCAACCACAGCAAGGCACGGUUGAACGCGGCACCAAGCUCCAGGUUGCAUUUUUCGACCAGCAGCGCAGCGUUUUGAACAUGCAGGAAACCGUGCGCAACAAUGUCAGCCCUGGCUCUGACCACGUCACCGUUGGCAAAAACACCAAACACAUCGUCGGCUACCUGGCUGAUUUUCUUUUCCCCUCCAGCUACCUGAACAUGCCUGUAGCAAAACUCUCCGGUGGAGAAAAGAACCGCUUGCUGAUGGCCAAACUGUUCGCGCAACCCGCCAACCUGCUGGUACUUGACGAGCCAACAAACGAUCUGGACAUGGAAACACUCGAGUUAUUCGAAGAACUGCUGGCUGACUACGAUGGCACGGUUCUGCUGGUAAGCCAUGAUAGAAAAUUCAUCGAUGCUGUCGCUACCAGCGUCAUCGCCUUCGAAGACGACAACGUUGCCGAAUACGUAGGCGGAUACAGCGACUGGCAACGCCAACGCAAAACCACAACGCAAAAAAAGGAACAAAACAAGCCUAGCGACACAACAAGCAGCGCUGACAAGACUGCCCGCCGGCCGACAAAGCUAAGCUACAAGGAUCAACGCGAACUGGAUCGCCUGCCGGAAACCAUUGAAAAGUUAGAGCUUCGACAACAACAGCUACAGGAUCAGGUCGUUGCCGCUGAUUUUUAUCAGGGCGACAGCGACCAGGUCAAAGCAGUGCUGGCUGAUCUGGCAGAUGCAGAAGCCGCUGUUGAAGCCGCCUACCUGCGGUGGGAAACCCUCAGCGAGCAAUCCGUCGCGUUGGGGCUUGUCACCUGCGGACUGUUUUUAUCAACGCCUGCGCUGGCUCAGUGCGAUGUAAACGAGGUGGGUUACGUUGCCUCUUUCACGGUUAAACCCGGCAGCGAAACUGGAUUUGAAACGGCAAUCACCGCGCUGGCGGAUGCCGUCAACCGGGUGGAAGAAGGUGUACUGCUUUAUGCACCGUACCGCGGCCCCGAGGGCAAAUACUUCAUGAUGGAACGUUAUGUCGAUGAAGAUGCUCGAGCAGCACACGGUAAGCACCCUGAAGUCACCGCUUUAUUCCCCGCUCUGGGAGAAUUUCUGGCAGCGCCACCAGCUGUUGACCCGGUCAGAUUUUGUUUGUCACAGCAUAAGCCGCUGAACAUGUUCAAGCUGGCAUCUUACGGUGCCCCGUCGAUGCCUUUGUCGAUGGUCUCCUUGCCGCUUGCCGUUUAUCUCACACCUGUUUAUGCAGAUUCAGCCGGAUUUGGUUUGAGCCUGGGUUUUGUGGGUUUGAUGCUGGCUCUGUCACGGGUAUUUGAUGGCAUCACAGACCCGAUGGUCGGAUUCUAUUCUGAUCGUAUACGCACACGCUGGGGGCGUCGUAAACCCUUCAUUCUUAUUGGCACGCCCAUUUUUAUAGCCGGCGUCUGGCUGCUGUGGAUCCCUCCCUUUGAGUUCAGCGAGAUCACUGUGCUGGGUUUCACUAUGAACUCUGGUUAUCCCUAUCUGCUUGGGGUGCUGGUGCUCAUGUACGUUGGGGCCACGAUCAAAGAUGUCCCCUACUCAGCCUGGGGAGCCGAGCUUGCCCAGGACUACAAUGAACGCACUCUGGUGAUGAGCUGGAAAGAGGCUUUCACCGUGACCGGCUCUUUAAUUGGCGCUAUGACGCCAGCCAUCAUCGUUUUCUGGGGGUACACUAAACCUACCGACAACGUCUAUUUUCUGACCAUCGCCCUAGCCAUUGUCAUGCCUUUCCUGGUACUGAAUAUGCUGAUGGUUGUACCAGAGUAUCCGGCACGGGAAACCACCAAACGUCGGCUACCCAUCCGCGAAAGCUUUCGUUACGUCUGGGCCAACGAGCCGUACCGCAAGCUUGUGAUCAUCUUCCUUUUCUCAACGAUUGGUUCAGCUAUGACCAAUUCGUUAAGUUUCUUCUUUGUUAAACAUGUGUUGCUGGCGGGAGAUCUGUACGGAUUUUAUCUUGCGCCCUACUUCAUCUCACAGAUUGUAGCGAUACCUCUUUGGUUCAAACUGUCCGCUAAGAUAGGUAAACAUCGGGCCACCAUGGUGGCGAUCUUCUGGUAUGCCUUGUGGUCCUGUUUCAUCCCGUUGAUUGCGAUUGCACCUCAGGGCUGGUUUGACGCCUUCGAGCUCGGCAAGAUUCUGUCUUUUCUACCUGACAGCUGGCUUUCGGGUAUGCAGAGCCAGUUCGAGGGUAUUCCCACCGGCAAAUUUGCCUUCUUCAUCGGAGUGAUGAUUCUGAAAGGCAGUUCUAUCGGCGCAUUAAGCGCACUGCCUUAUGCCAUGGCUGCAGAUGUCAUUGACCUCGACAGCGCGCAAACCGGCAAAAGCCAGGGCGGCGCAUACUUCUCUAUCUGGACAAUGACCCGCAAACUGGCAUACGCGCUGGGCCUGGUUGUUGGUACAACUACGGCAACCAUCGUUGGUUUCAAUUCGCUGGCAGACCCCAUCGCAGAUCCAAAUUCCUGGUAUUCAUUGUUGUGGCUGGCCUGUUUGUAUUCGAUUGUUCCAGCAAUUUUUAAAUUUGUCGCUGUGCCGAUCUUGUGGAGCUACCCCCUUACUGAAGCCCGACUCCGGGAGAUUCAGCGGGAGAUCGCCGCUAAGACAAUAAAAGAAACCUGA